GAGGGUCGCCCGGCGGCCGGCAGGAGGGAGCAGUCGGCGCGCACCAUGGGCUUGGGAAUGGCAGCGGCGGCAGCGGCGGCGGCGAUGCUACUGGCGGUGGCCGGAGCCGGAUUGCCUCCCUGCUCGCUGGACAGCCGGGGCAGCGACGGGCGGCUCUGCGCGGAGACCGGACCGGAGGCUUCGGCGCUGCGCGGCGGGGGCGCCUUGGAGCGGACGCGGGAUGCGGGCUCGGCCGGGGGUCGUCGGCGAGCCAAACGGGGCUUCACUUACCCGGGGACCCUCUGGUGCGGCGCCGGAGACAUCGCGGAGAACUACGAGCAGCUGGGAGAGCACCAGGAGACGGACAAAUGUUGCCGGGAACACGACCACUGCCAGCACCUCAUCUAUCCCUUCACCUACAAGUAUGGGCACCGGAACCUGCGCUGGCACACCAUCAGCCACUGCGAUUGCGACAGGAGGCUGAAAGACUGUUUGAGUGCCGUGAACAACACCGCUUCCCGGGUAGUGGGACAAGCCUUCUUCAACAUCAUCCAGGUGCCGUGUUUUGAGCUGGUCUACCAGGAAUCCUGCGUGGAGUCUUACCUCUAUGUUUGGUGCAAGAACUACAGUCGGAUGGCCGUGGCCGUCCUGAAGGAUCCGGUGAUGUUUGACCAUGGAGGAGAGCGGAUCGACGCCCCAGCCACCCGCCGGCUGCAACCGACCUCUUCCACCACCACCACCAGCACCACCCUGUCCCGCAAGACCCACUUCCGUCCACUGGGGAACUCUCCUCCUCCUGCCUGGAAGCCAAGCCAGGCGGCCGAGAGGUGGCCCACCCAGGCCGGCCCGAGCCCCUUGCCCCCAAAGCUUCGGAAGGGCAAAGGGAAAGGUGGAGGCCGAGGCCGGAAAGGGAAGGGGGCCAAGCAGCAGAAGAAAAAAGGCCCCUGGGACAAGGCGGGCGCCCCCAUCGCCCACCAGGACCCCGCUGGGGAGGGAGCCCCCCUGAAGCUGCUGGCUGGGCAGGAACUGGGGAAGGGGGACGCCCAGGACCCACACAGGCACCCCCAAAUGGGACAGGGGGACUCUUUCAAUGCCAUCUUGAGUGACGAGCCCGGCCGAGGAGGGAGCGAGCCGGAUGCUGCUGGGUUGCCUGAGAGCACGCAGACGGUCCCGCAAAAGGGCCUCCCCACCACUGGCCCCUCUGGGGUGAGGAGGAGGAGGAGGAGGAAGAGGAAGAGGAGGAGGAAGCUGCAGAAGGAAGAGGAAAGCUUGCCAAGGCACCAGAAGCACUCCAUGGCCGGCAGAGACUUGGAAGAGGGAAGGAGGGAGGGCAACGUAAAGGCGGAGCAAAGCCCCCCCACCCAAAGGCUGGGCUGAAAUGUGAACAGACUUACAGAAAUGAGAGACUCGCCUCCCAAAGGGGCUUUUCCCAAAAGGCAACUGGACUUUCUUAAGAUUUCCCCCCCCCCCCCUCAAUUGAAAACGUUUCACUUCUCAUCCAAGAAGCUUCUUCAGUUCAUGGAAGUCCAAAGGUUGUCUUCUGGAAAAAGCCCCUUUGGGACGGCCGUGAGACCUAGAGGGUGGAGAAUCUCCGUAGACAAGAGAGUUGGAAGGGACCUCGGAGGUCUUCUAGUCCAACCCGCUGCUUGGGCAGGAGGCUCGAUGCAGAAGACCAGACCUGCUAGGUUGGCCUCGAUGGACAAGGAAUAAAAGCCGAUUAACUAUGCUCUGGUGCCCUCCAUCCAGUCUCCUUUUGCAAAAUCCCUUUCGUGGGGAGGGGGGGGAGGGGGGAGUUAUCUGUCCUGAAGCGGUCAGUGGGGCCAGCUGGCCACAGACACCUCCGGCUACUCAGCCUGCUCAAGGCUCAACCUGGCCCCCAGAAGGCCUGGGAGUUGCUUGGCGGGGUCUGCACCCACCCAGCCACCUUCUCUUGAGGCAGCUGCCUCUUUUAAAGCCCAGCGCCUUACCAGAAAGCAAAUUCAUGGGGGGACAAGGUUGCCUGCUGGUCUCCAUCUUUUAGGGUCCUCCCCUGCCCCCCACCCUAAAUGGGGUUCUGGUUUCACUGGUUUUUUAAACCAAUCUGACCAGAUGGUCAUUGCUGGCUCUGGCUAGCCUGGCUGAGCUGAUCUUUUUUUUUAUAUAUAUAUAGCAAAAACCGCCUUCAGUCUCAGAAGAAAAAAAAAAGGGGGGAGAGAAGGGACACAAUACCCUCAGGAAAACACUGGGGGGGGGGGGCAGAAGACAUCAAGAAGCUCCCCAGUUGUGAAAUCAGGACACGCAAGAGGAAUAUCUUGAAUUCCGCCCAAUGCCAUGCCAGGUCUCUGCCCAACCUACUUGGGGGUCGGAGGCCCAGCCAAGUGGCUUCCUUGCUCCCCACCAGCUGCCCCCCUCAUGCCGACUCCUUUCUCUCCGUCCUGCUUUGCUCAGGGGCAACGAACAAGGGCUCCAGCCGAGCUCCCCUCCAGCUGGACAUGGGCCACGGAGACCAGCUUGCUGGCACAGGAGCCGCUUGUCCUGGCUCUCGCCCUCGGGGCCCUGGGCAAGUCAGAAGGGUGGGCCCAGCCAUGCUCCUCCCCAGGGGUGGGGGUGGGGGCUUCAGUCAGGGCGUAAGAGCAGCAAGAGGGGCAGCUUGACUGGAAGGGACCUGGAAUCCAGGGAGGCCUAUGGGAUGAAGAACCCCUUCCUGCUGCUGCUGCUGUGUUGGGGUCGAGGGGGGAGCUGGUCUUUCCCCUUCAGCAGGGGAGGGGCCUGAGCCCCUGAAGGGCAUCCCAUCUUUGCUGCACACGCCAAGGAAAGCAAAGUCCUCCCCUGCCUCCUGCAGCACCAUCUGCUUGGCCACCGGCUAAGUCUGCCUCGGGGCCCCAAAGGAACGUGGCCCCUGCCAGCAGCUCCGUCAGUGGCCGGUCACCUCUCCCGGCCUCCUGUGCAAAUGCGCUAGGGCAGGGGGUCAAACGCAAUUUCAUUGAGGGCUGCAUCAGGGGGGUCUUUGACCGGGGGGGGGGGAGUCGUGGUCCGGGUGGGCGUGGCCAGCUUGACGUCACCUGUGUCCGGAGGGGGGGGCACCUGUGGUGGCCAAAUGCUAAGGCGGGAAUUCCCUCAGACCCUCAUUAUCAUCUCUUCCUUCCACCUUCCCUUCUUUUUCUUCGUCUUUCCUCUUCUCUCUUCUUGCAUGCCCAUUUCCAGGCCAGCCCCGAGGCCAGAUCCAAGCACCCCAAGGGCUGCAUCCGGCUGGUGGGCAUCGAGUCUGGCAUCCCUGUGCCAGGUUGAGACUGUGGGCAAUUCAGGCCAAAGGAUGGAGGGGGACUGGACCCCCCUGCAAGAAGGGAUGAGAAAGCCCCACAGCAUCCAGAAACCUCCAAGGGGUUUCUAGCAGUCUCCAAAGAUAUCAAAGAUCCCCGGCUCUGACCCCCUGAAGGCCAAGGGGCUGCUGGUCUCCCAGAGGAAGAAGAGCCAAGAGCCUGGGUCCCCCAGAACACCGUCUGCUUCUACCAAAGCAAAGCCAGCUGAAGAGCCCCCCUUGCGCCCAACACACCCGGGCUGGCUGGAGGAGGCCGAGUCUGCCAGGCUGGCAUCUCAGCUCCUCCUCUUUCCAGCUAGGAGGAAGAGGAGGAGGAGGAGGAGGAGGGCUCCGUAGAAACACCAUUUAUUUCUUUUGCUGUCGGGAGGGGACAUGGGGGGAAGGAGGGGGAGGGGGGGAAUAGAAGACGCUAUUUGGCAUUCCAGCCCCUGCCACCGACGCUCCCUUCCUCCUUCACAAAGGCGGCC